AAACUGCCAUCUGUCACUCAGAUCACCGAAAAUAAACACCAAGAAAUUCUUUUAUCAAAAAUUGCUUUCGUUGGCUAUUUAUGCGUUUUGUUUUUUAUUAAUUUAUUAAAUUUACUUUCUGGUGCAAUUUAACAUCGCAAUAUGGAAGAAGCUGAAUUAAUUUUUAAUUUCUUCUACAUCCUACUCUGCUUUUGCAUUGCUUAUCCGCCAGAAGAGUUCAUUUCCCUUGGCCUGACAGUCGAGAAUUGUUUUUCAAAAUUUCUCGGUUCCAAGGACGUCGAGUUUAUUCGCUAUCACCAGAAGCGAACCUCUUUGAAUUUAGUCAUACACAGUUGCCUUCCAGCAUUAUAUUUUCUUAUUCAUCAACUAAAAUUUGCCAUUGCCGAACAGGAGGCAAUUAUAGAUUCAGAUGGUAGCAUUACAGUGGAUGGACCUUGGGCAUUAAAAUGCAUUACAUGGAAAGUAGCACAGCGAUUUAGUGUUAUUGCUGUGUUGUUUGUACCCGGAUUGAUUGUUUAUUGGAUGCAGAAUAAUUGGGAAAAACAUCCAAUCAGUCGGACAUUGAGAAAAUUCUCAAACACACCAAAUAGUUAUGCGACACUUGCUAGCGAUAUUAAUAACGAAUAUAGAAGGCAAGAUGUCUUCAAAAUGAAAAUAAAUUCAAUUUCUUCGGUAGUUGCUACUGAAAACUGGAUUAUUAAAACUACGCCCUACAAUGUUUACUUCGCUCACCAGAGCGAUACAACUCUCAGUGUUGACAAAAGUGAAACAUACAAUAUUGCCCAAGAUACCUCAGAUGCCUUGCAAAUAAUCAGCAUUAACGUACGUCCCGGUCGUGUGGGUGUUGAAGAUUUUCAAAUACGCAUCAAUGCACUUGAAUUCCGAACUCUGGAAGAUCGUAUUAGCCGUCCAAUUAUAAUUCCCUCCAAUAUUCAAUUUCAUCGCAACAUAAUAGACCGUUUUAUUGAGGUAUUCAAAAAUCAAGUCUCAUUGAAUCCAGUCUAUGCAGCCGAUCAAGUAACUGACAAAUGCUUUGCCUGCAUGAUUGCUGAACCGAAUAUCAAAAUACAUAAACAAUGCUUAGAUGAAACAGCCGAUGGCGAACUGAUUCCUGAACAGAAUCGUUGCACAAAUUGCUAUUGUCGGCCAAUGUGGUGUGUAGACUGCUUGGCCAGGUGGUUUGCUGCAAGGCAAAAUGAAUUCGAUCGAGAUGUUUGGCUGGAAAAAAAGUGCACAUGUCCCAUGUGCCGUGCUCCAUUCUGCCUACUUGACGUCAGUUAUAUUGAAAGAAGAAACUCAUAAAUUUGUAGUAACUGCAUUUUACUUUUUUAUUAACAUUUUAUAUGAUAUUGAGUACGACUUAUGUAAGUGUGUGAUAUUAUAAAGAAUAUACCUACUAAUUAAAAAUAUUGACAAACUUCAAAACAAGAAAUUAAUAGAUUUAAAA